AUGGAUCAUUGCAUGUCUCACACUCUUUGUUCUGAUGUUAAAGGACUGGCUCGUAUUGCGCUUGACCAAACGCUGACCAAUUCUGUGGACACUCAAGCUCGAAUUGUGAGGUUGUUUAAUGAAACGAGUGAUGAGUAUAUUCGGAAAGGUCUUGGGACUUGCAAGGAUGAGUAUGAUUUGGGUGUUGGAAAGAUUACAGAGGCCACUCAAAAUGUGAUAUUGAGUCACUUCGUGGACGCGAGGAAUGAUGUUGCAGAUGAGGUAAACACUUGUGAAGAGUCAUUUUCCAGAGGAGGACGAUGGCGACAAUCACCAUUGACUGAUAGGAAUAAUGUCAUUGUUAGGUUCGCUAAAUUCACUGGAGAGAUAAUCGCAUUCUUGGUUGAGUGUUGUAAUUGUAAGCUAUGUUUAUGGCUUGAUCAUAACUGA